AUGCCCAUUUCUCAGACACUAUUUUCUCUUUCUUUCACAGCUCACAAAUCAGACCUAGGCAGUGAUGGAUCAUCUGCCCUUAUUAAUCAUUCCUCUAUGCUCAUCCACCGCCUGCAAGAACUGCUGCAGAACGGUAACUCCAGCGAUGCCACCCUGAAAAUCCGCACCACCAAUUCAGAUGAAGUGAAGGUGAUUCAUGCUCACCAGUUGCUCCUCACCCUGCAAAGUGAUGUCUUUGAGGGACUUCUUUCAAACCAAAGUGUGGUCAACUUGCAGGAGCCUGCUGACUGUGCUGUGUUGUUUGAAAAAUUCAUCAGGUAUUUUUAUUGUGGAGAGAUAUCUGUUCAUUUGAGCCAAGCUGUGCCUCUACAUCGGUUAGCAAGCAAGUAUCAUGUCUCAGCAUUACAGAAAGGGGUUGCUGAAUACAUGAAAACACAUCUUGCCAGUGAAUCAACACAAGGCCAUGUUGUUGGUUGGUACCACUAUGCUAUGAGAAUAAGGGAUGAAAGUCUUCAGGAGAGCUGCUUGCAGUUCUUAGCCUGGAACCUAUCCACUGUAAUAAGCAGCAGCGAGUGGGUGACAAUAAGUGAUGACCUCAUGGUGUCUCUUCUCCAGCGUUCUGAUCUGGUGCUACACAAUGAGCUUGAACUCUUUAGUGCCGUGGAAGAAUGGGUGAGCAAGAACAACCCUGAUGUGCCAGUUAUCGAGAAGGUUUUGAGGUCCAUAAGAUUUCCGAUGAUUUCACCAAGCCAGCUUUUCCACAUAUUAAAACAGUCAACAGUGCUAACCUCAUAUAAUAAUGCUGUACAAGAUCUUCUAUUUCAAGCCUUCCAGUUCCAUUCUGCUUCUCCCUUACAUUUUGCAAAAUAUUUUGAUGUAAAUUGCAGCAUGUUUAUACCUCGAAACUACCUUUCCUCUUCUUGGGGGUCACAGUGGAUAAUCAACAAUCCAGCUAGGGAUGAUAGAAGCUUCAGCUUCCAGACUCAACUAGGUCCAAGCAACCAUGACUUUAACAAGAAAAUCACAUGGAAUGCUCUGUUUUCUCCACGCUGGCUUCCUGUCAGCAUGCGACCCGUCUAUUCUGAGUCUGUUUCAGGUACGUCACAGUCUAACCGUCUAGAUGAUGGUAAACCACGGCUGGUAGUUACUUCAGCCAUGAGUGGCUUGGACUUUGCAGGUGUUACCUUCCAAAAAACUGUGCUAGUUGGAGUCAGGAGGCAACAGGGUAAAGUGUUUGUUAAACACGUUUACAGCAUCCACCAGAGUACAGAAGAAGUUUCUGACUUCCUUGUCCAUGCAGAUCUACAGAAACGGACCUCAGAAUAUCUAAUAGACAAUUCCUUGCACUUUCAUAUUAUUAUCAAACCUAUUUACCACUCUCUAAUCAAAGCUAAGUGA